AUGGUGGAACGCCUUCACAGACAGCUCAAGGCCGCCAUAAUGUGCCAUCAAUUCUUGGACACGGAUCCUGCCUACGGUUCUAUUAGGGAUCCGCUCCGCCUGGAAGGAGGACCUGCAGGCAACCGCAACAGAAGAUCAAAUCCGGAUUCUAAUAUUUACAAGGACGCAUCUGAGUUUGUCCAAGAACUCCGUAGGAUUCAACAAAAUCUACGACCAACGGAAGAGCGACACCAUGAGGAUAAGAAAACGUUCAUUUUCAAGGACCUACUUACCACAAAUCAGGUGUUUGUCCGCCGUGGUGGUGUCAAAGAAACGUUGCAGCAGCCCUACGAAGGUCCAUUUGCAGUCGUUCAGCGUGCGGAAAAAACAUUCAUAGUCAACAUCAGAGGUCGUAAUGUAACCGUAUCUGUGGAUCGGCUUAAACACGCAUAUGUUUUAGCAGAACCACCUUCAACCACAACAAGGGAAGAAGAGACCCCCGAAAACAUUCCACUCUUGCAACAUCAACCCCCCAAAGGACAGUCCAAGUGA